AAAGCUCAAAAGUUGACGUUUGUUUUGUGCUCAAAAGUGUUUUGUGAAACUGUGGAUACUGCAUCAAGAUAAAAUUGUGCGAAAUCUUUUUUAUUUUCAGUGAUUAUUUGUUGUUACGUUGUGUACUUUUCGGGUUUUCGUAAUUUUCUUUUUGAUAUUUGUGCUUACAUAGUGCCGUGUCGUUUAUCAAAACAAUAUAACUUGGAUUAUUAAACACAGUGCAAUAAAGGAGUUCACAAUUCAACGAAAUACCUUGUUGUGGCGGCGCUCGGCGUCGCUAGCGGUGCAGCAUGCGCUCCCUGCUGGCAUACUACGCUGACGCGGUGAUGUCGGCCGCGGCGCGCGGCGCGGGCUGCGCGCGCGACUGCAGCGGCCACGGCGACUGCAUGAACGGCACCUGCCUCUGCGAGAUCCGGUACACGGGCGACGAGUGCGCCGGACACAACAUGCCGUACCACGCCUGCAUAGGCGGCCUAUUCCUGCUGGUGGCCUUCGUGUGCGCCAUGCAGUUGACCAUCUGCGUGGUGUCGGAGUACCGGCGGCUGAAGGCGCCCACGUUCCUGCGCGCCUGCAAGGUCACCACGCAGAAGAUGCUCUACCUCAUCGCGUUCCUCGCCUCGCUCAUUCGCGGCGCAUACUUCGUCUCGCCGAAUGCAUUCCACGAGGGCUGGGCGACCAGCCUGCUGUCGGCCUACUACCCGCUGAUGAUGUCGGGCUCCUCGCUCAUCGUCUGCUUCUGGGCCGAGGUGUUCCACCUGCGCGACAUCCGCUGGGAGCGGCAGCGGUUCCUCUCCAAGUCGUUCGUGGCGUUCGUCACCUUCAACGUGUUCAGCUACUCGCUGCUGGCGGCCGAGGUGCUCACCAUCAACGUCGCUGACACGUCCCCCAAGCAGAAGAGCUUCUACCAGCACAUCUUCAACGGCUGCUACGCGGUGCUGUUCUUCAUUGUGGUGGUCUUCUUCCUCAUCUACGGGGUCGAAGUGUAUUUUAAGCUUCGCGGAGAGUUCCUGAAGGAAACCAAAGUGCUAACGAUCGUCUCGCCGCGCGCCGGACCUUCUACCGCUGCGGAGGGGGACGAUGUUCAAGACACUCUCGUCACUAAACAGGGAGUCCAGACAGACCUGGCGGACCCCGAUGGCAGUGUGGACCCGCGCUCGGUGAACCACUCGCAGCUGCACCAGUCGCGCGUGGGCCUGGUCAGCCAGGCGCUGAUGCUCAUCCUCAUCGUGGGCUUUCUAGCCAGUGAGACGCUCAGCGAGUUCUGGAAGGCCAAAGUACCGGUCGGGUCGCGCAACUGGCACGACCUGGUGUUCCGCAUAGUGGAGAUCGGUGUCGCGCUAUGGUUCCCCUGCGUGCUGUGGAACUGCAUGGCGCCCGAGCGGCUCUGGUUGCUCAACCCGCGGCGGCUGCUCGCGCGCCAGCUCGACGACGCGCGCCUGGCCGACCUGCUAGCGCCGCACCGCCCGCCCAACGAUGCCAAGAGCGUGGAGACGGACUCCCUGGUGGGCAGCGUGGGCUCGAGCCGCGAUUGCUGGAUCUGCUACGACAGCGCGCGCCAGGAGCCGCUCAUCACGCCGUGCCGCUGCACCGGCGACGUGGCCGCCGUGCACCACGACUGCCUGCGCAGGUGGCUCGUAGAGAGUUCAACUGGCACUGACGGUCUAAAAUGCAAGGUCUGCAACACUCCCUACAUUGUGCAACAGACGAACAAGGUGGAGUGGGAGCGCGGGUUCACGGUGGCGCACUGGGCGCGCACGGUGCUGGGCGUGGCGUGUGUGUGCGGCGCGGUGGGCGCGGCGUGGGCGGUGGCGCAGCUGUUCCCGUCGCCCGUGCCGCGCGUGCUGGCCGCCGGCACCGCCGUCAUCAUCUGCUACAUCGCGGUCCAAUUCCUCGCAAAGGACACGACGAUGGCCUUCCAGCGUGCCAAGGUGCUGUCGCUCCGGAUCCUCACGGAGCCCCACGAGACCUCAGCGGCAGACCAGACCCAGCUGUCUACCAUCAGCAAGACUGUCACCGUGGAGAUAGCGUCCAAGACCGUCCUCGACCAAGCGUUGAAGGGAGACAUCGAAUAGAGUGAUUAAAAAAAACUUUAACAUCGAGUAAAUUUUCCUUUUUCUGGUUAAAAUUAUAAAGGACAAAGGUGUUUCCAAAAAUCAUAUAAUAUUGAAUGGACCAUUUCAGUCACCAUUUGCAAGAAUGGAGUUUUUUUCUUCUAAAUUUUGAAAGUGCUCAAGACUAAAGUGAGUGUUUAUAAUGAAAAAGUGAGUGAACUAUAUAACAUAUUCACGAUGAACGAAAAAAAAACAUUUGCACGAAUUCUCUGCAAUAUAAAUGUUUGAAAAAGAGACUAAAUUAAGAACAUUAAUGUUUAAAGACUACAAAAUGUGCUUAAUUAAAAAAAUACCAGUCAUAAAGAUGACUCAACAAUUUUUUGUUAUAUUCCACAAUAAAAUAUGUUAACCAAUAUAAUAAUGUAGAAAAGGAUUUCGUAAAUAUCUUAAAAUAAACUGUAAGGCACAAUUAUCUGCCCACUUUAAUUUGACGCGAGUAUAUUAAAGUGGACGGAUAAUUGUGCCUGUGAGUAUAUAAAUAUGUUCGAUGCCUAAAAUCUUUUGGUGUGGAUAGAAAAGAUAAUUCCAAGGCUUUAUCACAGUUCUUAUCGAUGGGCACGUGAGAGAUAUAGUAAGAUAAACUAUGCCAUAAGCAAGAUCUCAUUUGAUUGUUUACAUAGAAUGUAUUUUUGCAACCGCUAGAUUCUAAAACUGACGUUUGAAAGUCCCUACAAGAGGUCUAUGUCCAGCAAUGAAUGUACAUCGGCAAAAAUUUAUUAAGAUAAUAUUAACCCAUAGCUACAGAUACUAGCAAGCUACACUAGUUCCCUUUAGUGAUGAUAAAUCUCGCUAGGAAAACAAUUUUUGAAAAUUUUCUAUUCUACAGUGUCACGUUAAUCUACUCUUUUAUGUCUAAGAAAACUGUCCCUGUAUACAACUGGCACGACGAUUCUUUUUCUACGAUCGCAAACGCUUCGCAAACUACCUUGAUCUGAUAGUCUUGGUCACGUGACUUGUCGAUAACAAAUGUCAUUCCCAUACAUUUAUCUAGUUUUCGAAGCGUUAGCGAUCGUAGAAAGAGAAUCGACGUGCCACUUGGCUAUAUGGGCUGGAACGGUAGCAUGUCCUAAACAUGUUUAGUAUUAAAAGCGAACCCUGGCUAAAGUCAGCAGCGCUUGGACGAUAAAGACAAUUUGUGACGUAAAAUAAAAACUUUAUACACAAAUGUUACUGAAAUUUACUGCUUUUUUCAUAGUCAAUUUCUUUUUUUUUUUUAAAUAUAUUUGUCAAGCACUACAACUAUUCCCGUAUUAGUUCGAAAGACUAAUAGGAACGAUAGUCUAGCGCGGUUGGGAACGAAUGGACCUCUACCAUUAUUGAGUGCGGCCCUUUUACCAGCUACUGAAACUUUUUUUAUUCUUAGCGAAGCUUGAGCGAGUCCGCUAGUAUUAGUAUAGAUAGUAAGUAGGAAGUAGGAUAGACUUGCGUUUGACUACAAUCAUGCCUGGUAAAAAGCAAUGAUGAGUCAGGAGUCACAGAAGCCGGAAGGGCAUUCCACAUCUUCGCUGUUCUUAUUCGAAACGUCGAUGCGAAACGUUUUGUGCGAGUCGACUGGACAUCGACAAACUUCGAACAUUAUACACUGGAGUCUCGAAUUUUUUUCUAUAUCCAUUUACUUUUCUUGUCAAAGUUACAUACACUCUCCUUUUGGGUGUACUUAGGUGUUGCAAACAAUUGGUAAUUUACAAUUUUUGAUUGUACAUCGAUUUAUAGUAAUGUUUGUGUAUAAAAAUAUAAAUAGACUGUUAAUAAUAAUCAGCAUUUAUGAAUUAUAAAUUAAUGUAAUGUUUAAAUUAAACGUUAUUUCAAUCGGAUAUUUAGAAGAAAUGCAAACAUAACUCAGUCCUCUUCCGCGCGUAACAGGCUGUAAAGAGAGGCAUGGAAACGCGCGCUAUCGAAUAAUAGUCGUAAGAUCCGUAUUAGAAACGACUUUCACCCAUCCAUCCACCCAUGUUUAAUGGAUGAAAAAUAUUUGGCCAGGAGUUUUUUAGGCAAUCAGAUGGGUGAAGGUCGUUUCUAAUUCGUGUCUUCUAUUAUAAAGACUGGGCAUGCCGCCCGCCCCUCUCGCUCCCCUAUGACGUCACACCCCGCACCCCUGUACUUUGCAGGCGAUGACUCAGUUAUGUAAUCAUAAAAACUAAGCUUUGUGUGUGAGUUGGUUGAGUCUACUAUAGUCUGACAAGUUCGUUGAUGACACUCCCAUGAUAUGCGGGCGACGGGGGGAAAGACUGCGCGGGUAUGAAAUAGUGCGUGCGGGAAAGUGAGGUGCAUCAGUCGUGGGUUUUUCAUUCAUCGCUACACGCAUCCCGGCCCGCGCGGACUAUCGGGAGUGUUGCGAACGAAGUUGCCAAGCUAUACAUUAUAUUUUACGUCAGUGAAAUCAUGAUCAUCAUUAACAGCCGAUGGACGUCCACUGCUGGACAUAGGCUUCUUGCGUGGACUUCCAAACACAACAGUCUCGAGCCACCAGCAUCCAGCGUCUCCCUGCAACCCGCUUGAUGUCCUUAGUCCACCUAGUGGGGGGUCGACCAACACUGUGCUUUCCGGUCAAGGUCGCCAUUCCCGGUCCCAAGGGGUCAUCAACGUCCAUCGGCUCUUUGAACUAUCAGUGAUAUAUUAAACUAAAUUGAGAUACAUUAACUAUCGGCAUAGACCAUAAAUGUUGCCAAUUUUGACACGUCUUUUAAUCUAAAUACACUGUUAAAAGUACAAAAUUACAUGUUUAACUUGUAUUGUGUGCUAUAAGUAAUACUUAGACAUGUAUAAAUUAAUUAACUACAGUUUUCAGUAACUCAUAAAUUGUUAAGUUGCAUUGGUACGAGCACGGACUUAUAUUUAUCUAGACCCCGCUUGCUGCUAUAAUAUAACCUAAAGGGGUGUUUUUUAGAUAUUGGUCUAUUUACCUUUUUAUGAAAUGAAUCUUUUGAGAAAAUUUACGAUAGAUGUUUGAAAACAGAAAUACAUAAUACGAAAUUUGACGAGCACGUUAGUCGAGUAAGAGAUAGAUGGUUAACGGUAUCUGGCUUAAUAUAAGUCCGUGGUUAUGUUUCAAAAAUACCAAAUAUCUAGAUUAUUUGAACCUGGCCCAUAAAUGCUCUAAACACUCCACACAUUCGCUGCUGUCAUGUCUAUAAAGCUAGUGAUACACUAAAAUGACAUGUUGUUUUAUUUAGCCUUAUACAAUGUGUCAUGACAGGUCAUUAAAAUCUAGAUAUAAUAGAGAAGAGAAAAUAACCAUUAAGUACCUUAAACUUAUUGUCUUUCAAAGCUAUAUAAAAUUGGCAAUAACUAAAAUCUGAUUGUGUAUUUUAUGAAACAAAAAAGCGGAUUAAUCGGAAAAAUAGCUAAAGUUUUGUAAAUACUUAUUUAUCUAUCAUCUCAAUUUAGUUUUGUUGAGAGUAUGAAAAUAUUUCGUGAAUAUUUGUGUAAGUAUACAAAUGUCAAAACUAAAUUGACAGCUGUCAUAGUAGUGCUACCAAUUCUGUUCUUCUUCAUGGCGUUCAUGAGUGCCAAUUUGACAUAGAUCACUUCGUCAGUGUCGUGUUGAUGGAGAAGCCACAGUUGUGCUGUGUCUUGUAUUUAGUGCUGUCAAUUUAGUGUGUUGUGUACAAAUAAACUAGGCAAGCGUAGACUGAGAAAUAAAUAGACCAUUGAUUGACGUCUCGUUGUCAGUCAUAAGAUAUUCUAUUUUGACGUGCUUUUUACAUCACAACACAUUACAAUGAAGCAUUAUUUUAAGCUAAUUGUUUAUUUUAAUUUCCAAUAAGUUGUUAUAUUGUGCUUACACUACGUUUAUUUUAUAUAUUUUUAAAAGCAAAGCAGGUCUAGAAAAACAGCACUGGUCGUGACAAUACACAUCGCUUUCUCUCAUUUCGUUGCAGAACGCAUAACUUGGUUGUCUUUUUUUUAAGGAACACGACUCAUGCUACGUAUUCGUCUAUUACUUCCUCUGUCUACGCUAAUAAGUACCUUUAAUGAGUGUUGUGAAAGUGAAUUAUUUUAGUACAAAGAUGGUUACGUCAAUUGUGAUUAAAUAUAGAGGACGCCAUUUUUAAUAUAAUAGAUACUGUUGCUAUUAGAAAUUCUUUCUGGAAUAUUCUUGUAGAUGUAGCGAGACUUGUCUCAUCUUAGGAGAUGUAGUAAUGAAAAGUUGCCAAAUUAUUGAGACGCCAAUUAUUCGACUGUGGAAAGUAAAGUUUAAAGUAAUUUAUAUCAACUACGUAAUUGUGUAUCCUUGUUAAGAUAUAUUCUAUGAUGUAUAUUACAUUAUAUUUAUUGAUUUCUUUUUUUAAGAAACGAUAUGUGGGCGUUCACCUCUAACGUAAUGUCAACCAUGGGAAAUAUCUUUAUUUCGUACACUACGCUGACUACGCUAGAGCAUCUACUAAUAAUCAGCGCGUUAUCGACUGACUGGUAAGAAUAUAUUUCAAUGGAUAAACAGAUAGGAAAAUUACUAAUGGCCUGACGACUUAGUCGAUAACGCACUUACUAUACCCACGCAGAGUUCACAGUGGCUUUAUUGUUCUCAAAAUACCAUUGAACUUACUAUUAAUGGUAUUAUUAGAAGGAAACCUCUAGUUUCACUGUAAAUGGCUCAAACUCUACACCGAGGAGCUAUGAGCUGUAGACUAUUAUCGUACCAUGAACCCUUAUGUUGUAACAUAACAAAUAAAUAUAGGACAAUUACUUUGUAUUAAAAAAAGAAAAAGCUUUAAUAUGUAUCUCAGACCAAUUAGCGUCCAUAAGCUGCCUGCUGGAGGUUACUCCUUUGUCAAAACUAUUUGUUCACCUAUAGAAUCGAUUUUUCAUUGUGUUAAAAUUACACGUGUGGGUAUAACGAUUUAAAAUAUAUUGUAGUGUGUAGUGUAUGGACACAGGAUCUAUUUAUUGGUGUUAAAUAUUCUCGAUGUGUGUGUGUCCUCAAAAAAUUACAGACAAUUUUGUUGGUGAAUUUGCGAUACAAAUCCAAUAGAAGGUAAAUAAAUCGUCUGAGAUAUGUAUGGACUCGGUGAACUGCUGGCCUAUUUUCCAUUUUGGUAUUUAUUAUCAACCGAUUAAAAUAAACAGCAAAUCAAUUGACAAAAUGUUAUCUACACACUAUGAUACAAAAUACAAAUGUCAUCCGGUGAUUACUAUGGGGUUUAUGUAUGUAUGACAUUUGGUCAAUUUAUUUGUUGUUUAUUUUAAUAGGUUUAUAAUAAAGACCAAAAAUAGUUCGGCAUAACGCUUGCUCGUGGUUAGUGACAUAUGUCAUGUCACGUUAAAUGUGAACGCUCCCUAAGUGCUGGCGCAUAUCAUAUUUUUAUUUGUAUUUUAGUGUCGGAUAUAAAAAUGUUCGAUUUAUUCAAAUAAGCCUGUAAAAAUCAGGGCAUUUCUGAUUUAAUGAGGGUGUUUCUAGAAAAUUAAUAAAUACGUGACUACGAAAGUAUUUCUUUUUCUUUUUAUUUCGACGCAGUGUCUAUCCCUUAUUUUUAAAGGAUUUCAGCAAAUGGUACUAGCUUUUAGUAUUACCAGCUUAUGUAGCAUUACAUAGUGUCUAUAAUAGUUAAUUAAUUAAAAGUGAAUAAUUGAUUUGUUUUGCAGUUCGCGAAAUACCGACAAUCACAAAAGCUUCCCCCAGAUUUGACAGAAAAACCUCCGAAAUCGUUUCCUCGUAUGUUGACCCUAAAACGUUAAUUUGCGAAGUUCAUACUUAGCUUAUUAAAUCAAUUAUUCACCAUUUAUAAUGAACAUUCACUAAAUAACGCCUGUUUCAAUUUGAUACUAGGUUAUUGUAAAAUUACAUAAUAUCCUGGAGUAAAUAUUGCGCUUAAGAAAGAGUUCCAAUUGAAGUCUCGAUACUUCGAGAUGCCGCACUCAAAUUCUACGAGUUUUAGUUUCAACUUUCAAUUUUAGUCAAAACAGACAUGCUGAAGAAGCCUUAUUUCAAAAACUGCUUGUAACUUCGAGUAGCAUUGUCUCCACGGAUUUAUAUUUAGCAACCAUUUCAACCUUUUCCUACCUACAAUACCCAAAAGUAGGAACCUACCUGUACUAGACAUUUCGAUUGCCACGUUUCUAAGAAAUUGUUGUCCUCUGGAUUACAUUUUAAUUUAUUAUCUAG